CCAUUCUGUGCUCGGUAGAUCAGCAACAUCUUAAAUUGCACCUGGAAGUCAGUACAGGUUUAUCUGCAGACUUCUACAGUGAUGAAUAUUCCUCCUUCGUAAAUCUUGCAUCCAGAGCUGAUUAUGUAUUAGUGUCUGGAUUUUUGAAUGGUGCUGUUACUCGGGAAUUCACAACAGAGUAGUACAGCAGCUAUUCCUUAUUGCCGUCUCGAACCCUGAUGCUUUUUGGAAUGAGCGCGUGUGGCAGGAAGGCUCUGACUCUGCUCAGCAGCGUGUUUGCUGUAUGCGGUUUGGGGCUCUUAGGAAUUGCUGUUAGCACCGACUACUGGCUUUACCUGGAGGAGGGAAUCAUCCUGCCCCACAAUCAGACCACCGAAAUCAAAAUGUCGCUGCAUUCUGGUCUCUGGAGGGUCUGCUUUUUGGCAGGUGAGGAGCGUGGCCGGUGUUUUACUAUAGAAUACGUCAUGCCCAUGAACGUCCAGCUGACGUCUGAAUCAACAAUCAGUGUUCUAAAGAUGAUUCGUUCUGCUACGCCUUUCCCUUUGGUCAGCCUCUUUUUCAUGUUCAUCGGGUUUAUACUGAGCAAUAUUGGACACAUUCGGCCUCACAGAACCAUCCUGGCCUUUGUAUCAGGAAUCUUCUUCAUUCUGUCUGGUUUAUCUCUGGUUGUGGGGCUGGUGCUGUACAUAUCCAGCAUUAACGACGAGAUGCUGAACCAGACCAAGGACUCAGAGACUUACUUCAGUUAUAAAUAUGGAUGGUCAUUUGCUUUCUCUGCUAUCUCUUUCCUUCUCACAGAGAGUGCUGGUGUGAUGUCCGUCUACCUGUUCAUGAAACGAUACACGGCCGAGGAGAUCUACAGGCCCCACCCCGGCUUCUACCAUCCCCGUCUUAGCAACUGCUCUGAUUACUCAGGGCAGUUCUUGCACCCCGAUGCCUGGGUGCGCGGACGCAGCCCCUCUGAUAUUUCCAGUGAUGCAUCUCUCCAGAUGAACAGUAACUACCCUGCCCUGCUCAAAUGUCCUGAUUAUGAUCAAAUGUCCUCCUCCCCAUGUUGAAUGGCAAUUAACUCCAUUGCCUACUUGGGAUUAAGAGCAAGCAGCU